ACCCUAAUUCCAUAAUCCGCAAGAACAACACAAUAUGCUGGCUAUGGCGGGAAGCCCAUUUUCUUUGAGAAUUGUAGGGUUGAGGCAUCGAUUAGGAAGGGCGACGGCGGGAUUCGCAAUGGAGGAAGUGGCGCUGGAAGACGCGAAGCUCAAAUCGAGCGUGCGCGGAGGGCGGCGUGAUCUGGCGAGCGUGAACGCGGGCGGGUUCGCCGUAGAAGGUAUUUCCAUCGGCGGCCAUGAGACCUGUGUGAUCGUUCCAUCCAUGAAAAUCGCGUUUGAUAUUGGACGCUGUCCUCAGCGGGCGAUCUCUCAGGAUUUUCUCUUCAUUUCUCACUCUCACAUGGAUCACAUUGGAGGGAUUGCCAUGUACGUUGCUACUCGCGGCCUCUACUCCAUGAAGCCUCCCACGAUUUUCGUUCCUUCAUCGAUCAAAGCCACCGUGGAAAAGCUCUUCGACGUUUACAGGGAGCUCGAUCAAGCAGAACUCUCGAUGAAGCUGGUCGGACUUGAUAUUGGUGAAGAGUAUGAUCUUGGAAAAGGAUAUAUCGUCAAGCCUUUCAAGACGUACCACGUAAUUCCCAGUCAGGGCUACAUAAUCUAUGCUGUGAAGAACAAACUAAAACCCGAAUACGUGGGCCUUCCCGGUGACAAAAUCAAGUCUUUACGAUUCUCCGGCGUGGAAGUAACGAACGUCACUCGGAGUCCAGAGGUGGCUUUCACGGGAGACACCACAGUGGAUUUCAUAGGGGACGAGAACAAUGCCGACGUUUUACGUGCAAAGCUGCUGAUCAUGGAGGCUACAUUCAUCAAUGAUAGCGGAACUGUAGAACACGCUCGAGAAUACGGCCACUCUCAUCUUUCAGAGAUCGUCGCAUUGUCUGACAAGUUCCAAAACAAAGCGAUUCUCCUCAUCCACUUCUCUGCGCGGUACAGCAAACAGGAGAUCAUCGAAGCUAUUGAGAAACUCCCAGAAACUCUCAAGUCUCGGACGUAUGCUCUCACGGAAGGCUUCUUCUAGAGUGUAAAUUGGUCUCUCGUCGCGGAUAUUCAAAGGCAUCAAUUUUGAAAUGGAGCAUAUCCCUUUCGCGCC